UUAAAUACAAAAAAACAAAGCUUAUUAUUAUAAAUUUUCUAACCAAAAUAAUCCUCUCUCUCUCUCUCAAAAAAUGAUCAUUAUUCCCAAACACUUUCUUCUCUUCUUCAUCUUCAUAUCAUCUUUCUCAUACCUCAUUACAAGCACAGAAAUCCCAUGUAUUAAAGCAGCUUGUGCAAUUCGUGAACCAAAUAUCCGAUUCCCCUUUCGAAUAAAGAACAUCCAAACAGAAUCAUGUGGCUAUCCAGGUUUUGAUUUAUCCUGUGAUAACUCAAACCAAACACUCCUCAAACUACCCAAUUCACAACAGUUUACAGUUCAAGGAAUUGACUACGCCACACAAGAAAUUUGGUUAAACGAUCCAAACAACUGUCUACCCAACCGAAUAAUAAUCAAUUCAUUAAAUUUUUCAGAUUCUCCUUUCUACAGUCCGUACAGUGAAGAUUUCACAUUCUUUAAUUGUUCUUCUUCUUCGGAUUAUUUAAGGUACCGGUUGAACCCUAUAGCUUGUCUAAGUGGUUCCACGUAUACAGUUUUUGCAACGGCGUCGUUUAAUGUUGCGGAUUUCUUGUUGAAGAGAACGACGUGUCGUUCGAUAGGCAGUUUUGGUGUUCCAGUUGAAUGGCCUUUUUAUGAGAAAGUGUUGUCGUCGGACCUUAACGAUCAUAUUCGUCUCACGUGGGAUGUUCCCACGUGCGGAAGGUGUGAGUCUCGAGGUGGACGGUGUGGGUUUAAGUCUAAUUCUAGUCGUGAAAUUGUUUGCUCUGAUAUUUCUUAUCGAGGAAUUCCAAGGAGUGCUCGGUAUGCAGUGGCAGUAGGGGUUGGCAUACCAUCAAUCUUGUGCAUAUUGGGCCUACUAUGUUUCAUAUUUGGUAGGGUUAAGGCCAUUACUAGAAGAAAUGGAUCCAUUCCAGAGUUCAAUUCUACAGUGGCUCCACAGCCCAUAAUCAUUAUGGGCCUAGAUGGGCCAACUCUAGAGUCUUACCCAAAGAUAGUGUUGGGUGAGAGCGGGCGAUUGCCCAAGCCCAAUGACAACACAUGCCCAAUAUGUUUGUCUGAGUAUAGACCCAAUGAGACACUGAAGACCAUACCUGAAUGUCAACAUUUCUUUCAUUCUGAUUGCAUUGAUGAAUGGCUCAGAUUGAAUGCUUCUUGUCCCAUUUGUCGAAAAUCUCCCAACAGACCCACAAUUAGAGAUGUAUUAUGAGAUAAAAAGGUCAAUUAUAUAUAUUUGGAUGGAUAAAGUUUUUUUUAGGAGCUUCCUAUAAACAUUUUUUAGGGUAAUUUGUAUAUAAAUAUUGUUAAUGGAAUAGUAUAUUUAUGUGUCUUAUCUUUUUAUUUUUGUUUGGAACAAGUCUUAUCUUCUAAUUGGGAUAAUAGCUUUUCAGAUCUAUUUGAUAUCAUUUUAGAAUUUAAGAUAAGGUACAUAGACUUGUAUCUCAAAAUUAAUUGACAAUGAGAGGAAUAACUUAUU